AUGACUAAUUACAUUACAUAUGAAGUUAAAGUCUUAAUUGAAGAUGAUUUAAUAUCGGGUUUAAGUCAAAGAGAGGUAGCCGUUAAAAGACAGGUUAGUAAAACCUUAGUAUGUAAUAUUAAUAAGAAUUUAAAGAAUAGAACACCACUGGGAAAGAAAAAUUGGUUCAGGAAGACCUGA